AUGGAUGUACACGUAGAUGAAACAAAAGUGAGUCAUUCAAAGAAAUGCAAUAAUCUUCACAAGGCUUCCUUGGUGUUGUCAGUUCUUGCAAUUCUCCUAACAAUUGCGCUGUUCCUAAGAAUGGAGAUCAGCACGCAAAUGUUGGAAGUUAAGGUCACCCUUGAAAUCCAAGAGAUCAAGGAAACUCUGAAAUCGGUAAAAGAUGCUCGCUUCCCCAACCGUGUAAACGACCAUCUUGAUGCUUCAAGUGGUAGGUGGUAUAACUUUUAUGUAUUUUCUCUUACUGCUGUAAGAUUCACGUACGUCAUUAUCAAGGCAGCUUGUAUCAACAGUCAUAAUAUUGGUGAUAAUCUCAGAAAUGAUACACAGGCUGUGCACAUUUGCUGUCGGUGUUGAUUUAACAAUAACGCAUCAUCUUAUGCAUAUGGAUAUAAUGAUUUAAAAUCCACUCUCACUCAAUUCCAGAGAUCGUUCUGGGCUUAAAGCCAGAUAUUUGCAUUGGAGGACAUUCUUUUCCUUUUUUUUACUUUUGGUAGAAUCUUACGUAAUCUUGACUCUUCAUGGUGCACAAUUUGAGGGAAUUUGUUAAUAGAUAUUCAAGUUAUAAUUGUGACCUGAAAGUCUUAGACUUAUCUGCGAUGCAAACGUGCGAUUCCUUCUAAAUCUAUGAGAUAACAAACAGCAAAAUAGCGCUGGAGGGAUUAGGAGAUAAGGCAGUGCGGGAGCGGAUCUAGAACAGUCGUCACUCAUGCUACUAUUCGACUUACAGACAGACCUUUGGUGACCUUGAUCAAAGUUUGGUCCGGUUUAUAUUACAACCAGUCCCCUCUGCAUGCAGCUAGAUUCAACUUUAGUUCCAUUUCAGAAGGAAGAUUUCUAGUAAGGACAUUUUCAUCAUUAAGCUUACUUGGACCAUAUGUGUACCUCUGAUGUCUCUUAUUCUCCUCUUUUUUUUUUUCUCUUUAAUCAGCACAAUACUCAUCUAGGUCAACUUAUUCAAAUAUCCUGCAUGGCUCAGUAACCACAUUAGUGGCAUGUUUUGGUGCGUUUUGCACACGUAGAACGGGAUAAUAAAUUAAAAGGUCGGUAGCAGGCCUUUCUUAUACCUAAUGAAUCACUACCACAGAAGUUAUCCCGAAUUUUUCGCUUUUACUUUUAAAGGUUCAUCUUUAAAGAUGGCCCCGAGUCACGCGAUAGAACAUAAUUGAAGCUAAUCCGCGUCGCUAAAGGCCACAGCCAGAGCAACCUCUAUAAAAACACUUAUACCUAAAAAUAUUUAUCUGUCGUGAUGAAGAACUGCAAGUCUUUAUUUCUUUUUCCAAAAUAGUUAUUUGAUCUCUUCUUGGUCAGCCCUACUCAACCAGUCGCUCGGCUUAACCAGAACUUUACUUAAGAUUUAGAUGUGCCCAAACACAAAAACAUUCAUAUUGCAAUAAUUUUAAUGAAUUCGUCAUAGAUUGUGGCGUAGCCACGUACGGAAUUUAACAAGAAAUAUCUUCUUUUUUUCAAGUCAUCAAGUACAGCAGUAAAAUUGUACGUCGAAGUUUAAGUGCCCAGCGCAACGUUUCUGGCGAUUCAGAAGAAGCUGAUACUGCAAUAAAAAAGUACAUGGCCUCUCUUAUCACUGAAUCUAUCGAGUCUUAUUGCCAACCCACGAAGAAAUUGUGUAUGGCAGGUCCCCCUGGACCAGAGGGAAUUCCAGGAAAGGACGGUAUAGAAGGUCCAGAGGGCCGCCCUGGAAAACCUGGAUUGCGAGGAGACCCUGGGGUAGAUGGAAUAAAGGGAGAUGCUGGAAACCCAGGAAUUAAAGGCCAAAAAGGUACCCUAAAUAUCAGAUCGAGUUCUUUUUUUAACAAGAUAGAAAUAAUGUAUUUGACGUAUUUUUGCUUGUUGCUAUAAAAAAGGUUUGCAGGUUAUUCGGUCACAUUUAUUACCAUUUUAUAGUGAAGUGCAAAAAUUUAUCAAACUUUUCCGAUUUCACUUCACAAUCCUCAUCCACACCCGUGAACCUGUGGCUGACCAUUUAUUAGCAGUUAAAGAGAAUAUAUUUGAAACAGUUGUCUUUUUUUAUUACAAAGCUGCUCAGAGAGUCGUGCAAUGUAAGAAUUUGCCAAUUUUUCAUCAGAAUUGGAUGAUCAACUCCUUGAAUCUCGCGAGAUCUUAUAUUGGAAAUACUGAAUUUACUGAUCCCUUAUGAAUCAUAUCGUUGAUGUCGAAGCUUAAAUAGAAUCAAACUCACGACCUAAACUUUUUUACUUCCUUGUUUUAUAAGGAGACACAGGCUAUCCUGGAAAUCCAGGACCUAAAGGUGAACCAGGAGAGUCUAUUUUUGCUCCAGAUAUAAACGUAUCUCCUGCGUCACUCACAGUCACAGAGAAACAGACUGCCACGUUUAACUGCUCAGCUGAUGGUAAUCCAAAACCCAGAGUAACUUGGAGUAAAGUUAAUGAAACGGGAAUGGAGAAUUUGGACAGCCACGGCAAUGAACUUCAGAUCAGGAAUGUUGAGUAUAAUGACUCGGGGAGUUACGUUUGCAUGGCUGAAAAUGUAUUAGGAAAAGUGCAGAAAGAAGUAACGCUUUUUGUGGAAGGUGAGAUACAACCUUUGACACGCCAAAUACAUUUUAAAAGCCUCAGAUGUAAAGUAACAGACUUUAGGGGACUUCCAGUUUCACACAGCUUUGAAUCGAGCACUGAUUUCUUUUUUGGUCAUUCAAAUUUACUUCUUUGCUAGUUUCGCCUUCAAUUUAGUAAAGAAUGAUAUUCGUUCAGGUUCCCUAUAACCUGAAAUCUUCCUUUCAGUCUUCCUUUGGCACAAAUGUCAAAUGUUUUAAAGUUUUACGAAAUGUCUACGACGAUGUGAACUUAAGUUUAUAUACUUUCUUUUUCAUCAAUCUAGUGCCUCCGGAGUUCACAAAGAGACCAGAUCGGUUUCUAAGAGUAAUGGGAAAGUCGGACGCCUCCAUCCCUUGCCGAGCAUUUGGCUUUCCUCCACCGACGAUUGUCUGGUCAAGAGGCCUACUAUCCUUACCAAAAGGCCGAACUUCUGUUACAAAACACAACUUGACCAUCUCCAACUUCAGUCCUGAAGAUGCCGGUGUUUAUCAGUGCAAAGCCGGCAACAAACUUGGCACUAUUAGUGCGUUGACAACCUUGAAUUACGUCUCACCAGGUCAGGAGCAAAUAAUUAAUUUCAGCCAUCCAUUAAUCCAUCUAUUCAUUCAUACAGACAAACGCAACGUCCAAGAAUUAUUUUCUUUUUCUUUUUAUUCAACAAAGCGAAGAUUUAACCUAGAUUGACUUAUUCAUCGCUAUCAGUCAUCUUUCUCUGAAUAAACGAUUUCUUCAUAUGUGGUUUAAUUGUGAUUUCAUUAACGCGUGCAGAGUCGUGAGAUUUAAGUUUGCAAAGUCACAGUGAUAAAUUAAUUUCCUUCCUUGCGUAAUGAAUGUGGGAAUCAUUCGCCUCUAUGUGGGAGAAACCUGGUGUUCUCCCUCACACUACUCAUGGAUGGCUUGUUGCUGCGACGGUGAAAAUCAGUUAUUAUGCUACAGUGAAACAAAAUGAAAGAAUAACAACUUACAGGGAAUUGUCGAUAAAUGUGAGAAAAAUUGUUUUCGCCCUUCCUUCCUUCUCUGUCUCUGUCUCUCUCUCUCUCGACUUUCCACUUCGUAACUCAUUGCACUUUGGUAAAAUUUAAAUAUGACAGCUUGCUGUAUUUUUGUUAAAUUAUAGAGUCCUGGAUGAAUUCAGCAAUAAUAGGGGGGAACGCCCUUUAUCAGACUCAACUUCACGAGUUCCUGACGCCCGCAGUCGGAAGUCAUCCGCAGUGGCUGCUGUGUUUCCGCGCUUGUACUCACGGCUGGGCGGCCAGUACCUUCCACAGCAGAUGUGAUGGGAAGCGGAACACGGUCACUAUCAUAAAAGUGGGACAAUACGUGUUUGGAGGAUACACGGACAUUCCCUGGGGUAAAUGAAAUAAUUCCAAUUAAUUGGUAUCUUUUGCUAUGCCAAUUUUAUCUCUUAUUCUUUACAAAAAAAAUAAUCAUGGCCAGCUAAAUAGCACGCAAAUGCCCAGAUGUAUUUCGAGAACGUUUUCGUUUUCUUUUUGCUUUUUGUUUGUGAUUGAUGAGCAUUAAUAUUUCUGAUGACGAGUAUGAGCUAUAGUCACAGAGCAUGAUUGGAGCAGAUAGGUUGAAAACCAAUGCGAAAGUGACCGAGUGAGUCCUUCAAAGAAAAAGAGAAGUAUGAAGUUGACUGAUGGAAAAAAAAUAUUUAUUUUAUUCGCCAGAUUCUAGGAGUGGAUAUGGUUAUACUUCCAAAGCUUUCAUAUUCUCUCUUCACAAUUCAAGAGGACUGAACCCAUUUAAAAGCAUGGUGAAACAGCCACAAUAUGCCAUUUACAAGCAGUCCAGCUAUGGUCCAACAUUUGGCUACAACUAUCAGCUCUUCAUUGCUAACAACGCCAACGUCGGUACACCAUCACACACAAAAUUUGAUCGAUACAGCUCUGGAUCCUACUCAUCCUUUCCAGGUAGUAGAUGGACGCGACCUAAUAUCUUAGCUGGGAGUCAGAACUUCCAAAUUGCUGAUUGGGAGGUCUUUUAUGUGGAUUAACUCUGUUCGACUCAAACAACUUAUUCCACCUUAGAUAUAAUUUUUAAAUCUCUUUUAAUUUACCCUGAGUAGUAGCCCAAGUUAUUCUCAUCUUCAUUUUGAUACAAGGAGGAGAGGAGUAGAGGCCCCCUUCCAUAUUUCUAAGGUGAUGCCUCUCUCCUGCUCCUGUAUGAUUUUGCGUUUGAGCUAUAUAGUUGCUAUAUGCAGUAGGUACAAAACGUGACUUUUAGAGACUUAAUCAGUUGGAAGCGACAGUUAAAGAAGGCGAAGAGUAUCUACAUUGUGCACUUAAAGGAAAAGGGACAGAAAUAGUGGGCAUGUAAACAAU